AUGGUCCACGUGAUCUCGUGUCGACUCGACACGUCCGAUGCUCGGAUCUUCAUUUAUCGUGAAUGGCCGAGCGACAGGAUGUCCUUGCUGGACUACUGGGACACACAGCGGUCGGUCAAACGCAGAAAGGUUUCUGGCCAGGCCGAGAGCAACGACGCCCGAGACCAGAGCCCCAGUCCCUCCGAAGUGGCCGAGACCCCCGCGACAGAUGACUCGGACACGCAGAUUCCAAACAGUCAAACAGAUCUGGAGUCUUCUCUACCUGUGAUCGACUCCAAUGAUAAUGCGAUUGAGGAGUACGAGGCAUCUGGGACGGAUAAUACCAAUUCUGCAUUGCAUACGAGGUUACGCGAUGGGGUCUGGCAGAGGGGCAAAAGCUCCAUCUACGUCGAUGCGUUUAAUCUGGCGCUCGAAACCGUGCUAGACGAAGAGACUCAUCUCUUUGACCAGGCAGAAAUGGAAAUCUUUACCCAGUGGUGGGGACUAUCCUAUGAAUCUCAGUAUCUGUAUGUGCGGUUGUUCCUGCGCAAGACCUCUGCCUGGCAUCGUAUUAGCAGGCUGGGCUAUCACUCGGAUAUCUCGGAUCUGUCUACUGUUGCGGCUGAUCUCCAGCGAGACCGAUCAUUGCCCGAGUCAGAGACGGGAUGUACAUUCAGAUUUGCAGAGAGCACUGAAGAAAUCACUGCACUGGAAGAGGCUUCAUCUCUUCUUCUGCUUGAAGAACUUAAGACCUUUGCGAAAGAGGCAAAGGUCCAGGGUAAAAACAAGAAAGAGCUGUUGCUCAGUCUUCAGGAAUCGAGUCAGACUCAGUCCGGGCUGGGGUGGAACCAAUCAUCCAACAAUCGAGACAGCCAUUUCACUCAAAAGAUACUGGAUUACACAGGACCGUGUAUCAGGCUGUCGUCCGACACUCGAGCACUUUUCGAGCGCGUGCAUUUGGUCUUCUACCGGUCGACCGAAUGGACCGAAAAGUCCCUCACCACCAUCAUCCUGGCCAAAAUCUCUCGGCAAAAUUUCCCAGAGUACAUUGUAUGCCGGUCUAAUUCCAUCUUCCCGUCUCGAGCGGCGCUCCUGGAGUUUGAAUCGGCAAUAAGAACGCAGUACGUUAUCGACAGCAUUCUAGAAUUCAAUGGACCUCCCUCAACAGAGUCAUUGCAACACAUCAAAGAUCUCGCGAACAAUAUCUAUCCGCGAUGGAAAGAGCUAGUGGAACAAGAACAGCUAAAAGAAGAAAGUAUCUACGAGAUUGGGGAGGGCGCAUAUCUGCGUCGUUUCUCCCCCGCCUGGGUGUAUACAAGAAUCAUCCACAAGAGUUUACAUCCCCUUGGUCGAUUCAAAGAGCACAAGCGAGAACAUGAGGUGCUCUCGGAGCUGCUAGGUCAGGGUUUGUUUCAUGCUGCCCGGCGCGGCGCCUGGUACCAGCGAAAAGCGCUGCUGGAAGAACACUACAUGUGGGCUCUCAUGCCGAGCGACGGCCGCAGUGAGGAGCAGCAGCGCAAAAUGUGGAAGAGGACUGCCCUACGAACCUGCGAAGAGGGCCUGGAAGACCCGCUCUGCCACUUGAUAUACCACUAUGACCUUCAGAAACGGAUCACCAAGCUUGAGAAAGCGCUCAAGGUGGUCAAGAGGGAGCAGCAUGAUUUUGGGCAUGUUAUGCUGAACAAACCCGCCGAGCGCACUAUUGAAGGAAUCCGCGUGGACCGGGACGAAAUCCCCCGGAAGGGCCGAGCAACCAUCUGGGUCGAUGAGCGAGAAGGCGGCGAGUGUCGAGUCGAAAGCAUGUGUCUGAGCUGGUAUCGAGACCACGGCUGGAAGGGGUACCAUUCCGAGGGCGGCAUUGUCCGCACACUAUUUGGCUACCUUUUCUACGACAUCCUCUUCACGUACGUGCCCAAUGUCUUCCAGACGCCGUUUCAAACCUGCCCGCUCGACCUACACACCGAUGUCUUCUACCCAUCCCGCGCUUCGGAGAUCAAUCACCGACUGGUGGAGAUCACCAACGGGGAAGCAGAGCGCAUCAUCCGCGAGAUCCACGAGCGCGAAGCAGUCGCACAGCCCUGCGCCAUCGGUAUCGACUGGUCGUUCAGUCUUGACGAUCUAGUUGAGAUCACGCAGUGUUUCCGCGGCGAGGCCCUGGCGACUAUCUGCAAAGUCCUUGCGCAGGAAUAUCAGCAGCGUGGUGGCGGAAUCCCGGAUUUGUUUCUGUGGGAUCCCGAGGCACGCACGGUGAUGUUUGCCGAAGUCAAGUCGGAGAAUGACCGUCUGAGUGACACGCAGCGGCUAUGGAUCCAUAUUCUGACUGCGGCUGGAGUAAAGGUGGAGCUUUGCAAUGCGGUUGCUCGGGAGGUCCGAGUGGACUGA